GCCAGCUGGGAAAGUGAUUGCCCUCAACUUGCUUCAUCUGGUAAUAUUAGAGUGGGAGAACCUGUUGGGCAAGGUGUUUAAGUUAACCUAACCCACGCAUCAUGGAAGGAAAGUAGAGAGAUGGAUAAGUGGAUGAGGAUCAGUUGUGCCAGCCUCAGUACUGGGCCACCACUUGCUUUCCAUUGAUUGGCCACUACAGGAACCUGGUGAAGCAUCUGCCAGUCAUGGUCACUGCUCUCUAGUACAGAAAUGGCCCUUGCUCUGUGGAAGAACUUUCUUCAGAUUACAAUGGAAAGAAUACUACAACAAAGAAGGUUGUCACUGUAUAAUGGUGCUGAUGGUUAUGAGGAAGAAUUGAUAAAGAAGAAACUUCAGCAGUUUUCUGGUGGAUCCAUCAUCUUUUCCAAAGAAGACAAUGGCAUUGCAAUACUUACUUUGAAUAACCCAAAGCUAAUGAAUGCCUUUACAGGUACUAUGAUGGUAGAACUCCAGGAGAGGGUAACCGAACUGGAAAACUGGAAGGAUGGCAAAGGUCUUAUAAUCCAUGGUGCAGGAAACACUUUUUGCUCAGGAUCUGAUUUGAAUGUUGUCAAAGAAAUAUCCAAUUCCCAGGAUGGGAUGAAUAUGUGCAUGUUUAUGCAAAACACCUUAACCAGACUCAUGAGGUUGCCUUUGAUCAGUGUUGCACUAGUUCAAGGAAAAGCUUUUGGAGGAGGAGCAGAACUUACCACAGCAUGUGAUUUCAGGUUGAUGACGCCUGGCAGUGAAAUUCGGUUUGUCCACAAGCACAUGGGCCUGGUGCCAGGCUGGGGAGGAGGUGCCCGGCUGGUGCGGAUCGUGGGCAGCGGGGCAGCCCUGCAGCUGCUGGGCGGGGCUGCCCGGGUGGACCCCGAGAGAGCGCUGAGCCUGGGGCUCUCCGAGGAGACGCUGCUGUCCUCCGACGAAACCAGAGCGCUGGGAGAGGCCCGGGCCUGGCUGAGUCGGUACACAGAGGGUCCGGCCGCUGUCAUUCGGGCUGUGAAAAAGGUGGUGGCAGCAGGAAGAGAGCUCCCAUUGGAAGCUGCCCUAAGGACAGAGAAGGACAUUCUUGGAACUGUAUGGGGUGGGCCUGCCAAUUUGGAGGCAUUGGUUAGAAGACCAAAACAUAAAUGAUGGUUUAUGCAUAAGAAAUGGGCUUGACCUUUUUGCAAACAAAGCUUUCAGUAAAGCAGCCGUUAAGCUGAAUCAUUUAAGGUCUUGUCCCUUUAAAAUGGCAUUAACAUUCCUGCCAUUUAGGUCAGACAGGCAUAUUUGGUGUGCAACUACAGGGAAGUCCCAGGCAGAUUCUCUACUGUCCUAAUCACCCACUGAAUCGAGAUUAGUAAAAUUACUAUGUAAAGGUAAAUGCUGUGCUGAAAAUAGAACUAUAAUUCAUUUGGAAUGAGGCUGAAGAUUAUUUUAUUUGGUGUUUUGUUUUUUUUUAACUAGUAUGAAAAUUAAUUACUUGAAAGAUAUGACAUUUAUUCAUUUGUGGAACAGGUGCAUCUAAAGCUGCAAAAUAUGAGUUCCCCAACAUGAGACCAGUUGGGGAACUCAUAUUUUAUCAAAUACGCUCUUUAAGCAGCUUGGAAAAAAAGAUUACUAGUGGGAGGAUAGCUUUUAUUUUUUCAUUCUAGUUAGUUCUUUGUGCAAUUGCUGAGAAAGUAUCCUUCAAUUUUAAUGGUGCUUUUACAGGAGAAGCUUUGAGUUGCUGAGAAGCUUCUAGCACUCAUUCACUAUCACUGAUUCAGGCUUUUAAAUGUAUUUUGGUGUCUUCUCACUGCUCAAGGAAUCAACUACACACACAUGCAUCUGCAUGUUCCCAUAUCCUGUACCUGUGCAAAGCUGCUGGCCUGGUUCUUUACACAGAAUCUAGUUGAAAUCUUGGAAGGCUAUGAUGUAUCAUGCCCUGAAAAGGUUUGUUCUUAGGUGACCGGGUGAUGUGAGUACUUCAGCAUUCUGGUAAGAUGUGAGUGGAUAUGUCUAUGUCUUUCUUCAAUGCCUUUUUACUGGUAGGGUAUAUUUGGGCUGACUAGAAGGUUUGGAACUCAGUCUCCACUUCAUGCCAAUGACUAUGCGAGUAAUUGGAUAACUCAGUGGGGAAGCUUUUCCCUUUAGAAAUUAGAAACUGACACAGAGUGCCUGCUUUAAAAAUAAACAUCUGUGAGAGCAAAACCAUA